AUGGCAGCGAAUGUCGUUGCCGGGGCCGUCUGCUGCUGCUCGGUCCCGUAUCCAAAGACGCGCGCAGAACGGCGAAUUUUGCUCUGCGGCGGUUUGCUGAAUAUUUUGCUGCCAUGCGGCGUGGGCUCGAUUGUCGCGGGUUGUUGCAUGCGCGAUAACCAGUUGAUCAACACCGGCAUCUUGCAGCUUCUCUUGACGCUGCUGCUGGUAGGCGUUGUUUGGUCGAUCAUCUACGGCAUCAUGAUGGUGUUGAAUGCCCUGUCUGCGCCCGUCAAGUCUUCUUCUCCACCUCCCGCCUGCUGCGUGGAAGUGGCCGACAAGGCCAGCAUGUACCAAGCAUCCUACGGCGUUGAAGCGAACAUUCUGCAGAGCUCCCCUUCCCGGGGGUCCACGUCGGGAGCACAGCGUCUCUCUGGACAGUUUCCAGAGUAUUCGCUCAACGCCUACCCUUCGCAACACUUUGUUCGAAGUGAAGUCACGCGAACCGGCGAGACCUGCCGUGACCCUCUGCACUCUGCAAGAUCACACUCUCUGACAACUUCCCCGUCCGGUGCGGUAACGGUUUCUCCGAGAUCAUCGGUUGCACAAGCCGUGGCUGGGGCUGCGCAAGUAGGGAGCGGCGGAGAAGGCAAAACAGGGAGGUCACAGACAGAAUCCCGACAAGACGAGUCGCAAACAACUGGCGUGGGCGUUCCGCCGUUUUCGCCACUCAUGCUCGAGGAAGGACGCGGGGCGAAACAGACUUGA